AGGUCACUGUCACAUGACAAGGAUUGGAGACAGUUUAAUUUUCCUCUCCCUGUGAUUUUCAUUUACUAUCCCAGGAGGCGAAAUUAAGGAUGGGUAGAAAGGCUCUGCUAAUCUGGUGAGGUGAUGGUCACAGUAAUGAAAGGCGGCAAUAGGAAUAAAGAUCACUCAACAGACGGAGAAGGAACUGGAAAACGACCAAAGAGGAAGUGUCUUCAGUGGCAUCCACUACUUGCAAAGAAAAUUAUUGACUUUUCUGAAGAGGAAGAGGAAGAAGAGGACGAAGACGAUAUUGAAAAGGUCCAGAUUCUCAGUGCUGAUGGUCUUGAGCAUGAUGCUGAUGAAACAGAAGACGACGAAUCUUCAGAACAGCGAGCUCGCAGACCAAUGAAUGCAUUCCUUUUGUUCUGUAAACGUCACCGUUCCCUUGUCCGGCAAGAACAUCCCCGUCUGGACAAUCGUGGUGCUACCAAGAUAUUGGCAGAUUGGUGGUCUCUUCUUGAUCCUAAAGAAAAACAAAAAUACACUGACAUGGCCAAGGAGUACAAAGAUGCAUUUAUGAAAGCAAAUCCUGGCUACAAGUGGUGUCCACCUACAAACAAACCUGUGAAAACUCAGUCACCCACACUUACAAAUCGAAAAAAGCUUUGGGCUUUCCCAUCAGAAGCUACAAAAGAUUUGCCUAGUCCAAAAAAGUUAAUAAAGACAGAAGAAAUGCCUCAGCUGAAUUUUGCAAUGGCAGAUCCUACGCAAAUGGGAGGCCUCAGCAUGCUACUGUUAGCAGGAGAACAUGCCUUGACUGCACAAGAAGUUUCUUCAAAUACAUGUCAUUCUGAUUCUUCUAAUUCUACUGAAGGAUGUCUAAACUCAACAAUGUUACAAUUUGCUGAGAUUUCUUCAAACCUGUCAAAGGGAACUGUUCCUGAAAAUCCAAAAGAAAGUGAUGAAUCAGCUCUACUUCAGUUCUCAGAGUUGAAGGGUCCUGAGCCAGUCAAGCACUACAGAAAAUCAGCACUCUUCCAGUUGGCUGAGAUCUCAUCAAGUACAUCCCAUUCAGGUCCUUCUGAAUUAACGAAACAGUGUGGGACAUCAGCAUUGUUUCAGCUGGCAGAGAUGUGCCUUGCAUCAGAGGAAGUAAAAGUGAGAGAACCCGGGAAGGCGAAGCCCGAAACAGCGAGGAUUAUCAAAGCAUUGGAAGCAUCUGAACAGAUGAAAAUUGAAGAUCCAGAGAAAGCAAAAGUAAAAACAGAAAAAUCUCAGAAGAUGAGGGGACAAGACCAUGAAAAGACAAAGACUGGAGUUUUAGGGGAGAUGGCAGAGUGUAUACAUAUUUCAGAUCCAGCUUUGGACAGCAUUACAUUAGUUGGACAUGACAGCACAACAGCAAAGGAUCCUGCAUGCUGUUCCCAUGAGCUGACAUCAGUAGCUGACAUCAGCACUUUAGGAUUAAGCAAGCCAGAAAAACUGAAGAAGAAAAAGAAGAAAAAUAAAGUGGACCGGCAAGGACUUGAAAAGUGUACCCCUAAAAAGGCUUGCAAAAAGAGGCAGUCUUCCGAAUCGGACAUUGAGAGUGUCAUUUAUACUAUUGAAGCAGUUGCAAAAGGGGACUGGGGGACAGAGAGAUUUACAGAAAUGUCCCAUAAGAAAAUUCGCCCUUCUUAUGCCACGAAGGGGAAUAUUUUAGACACAAAGUCGCCAAAGAAGAAAGUAAAAUCAAAAGAAAAAAGAGCACUGAAAGAAAAAUGUUUAGAGACCACCAAAGAAUCAAAGCCUCCUGAUUUUGUUAGCAUUAAAGAUAACAAGGAUGUACCGGGUGAAGUAUCUGAAAACACAUCAGAUGUUCUAAUCCCAACAGAGGUUGUAAUAUCACAGAGUUUACCAGAUCAAGUUAAAAUUGAGGACAAUGACUGUAAUAAAAAGGCAGAAAUUUGUGGCUCAAGAAAAUCUGAGAGAGCUUGCAAAGGUGCUCUGUACAAAACUCUGGUGUCAGAAGGCAUGCUUACAUCUCUGCGUUCCAAUGUUGACAGAGGGAAACGAAGCUCAGGAAAAGGUGGCAACUCUGAUCAAGAAGGAUGCUGGAAUGAAGAAAAUUGGGCAUUCUCCCCAAGUGGGACAAGUGGGAACAAAAAAUUAAAAAGGAGUAAGCCAAAGGAAGACAUUGUUUUGGGCUUAGCAAAGCUGGAAGAAGAAUUUGAGAAAAAGUUCAAUAGCCUUCCUCAAUAUAGUCCAAUCACAUUUGAUCGUAAAAAUGCCUCUUUACCGAGAAAGAAGAAGAAAGUUGGCAAUUACGCUGCAGACCAAACAAAAUCUAACAAAGAGUCUGUGGUAAUACAAGAACCUUUGGUUGGGAGUCAGAAGAGAAAAGCAAGGAAAACCAAGAUCACACAUCUGGUCCGGACAGCAGAUGGUCGAGUUUCACCAGCAGGGCAGGGUCUGGAAGAGAAAUCAACAGGGAAACUGCAGAAUACUCUUCAGAGACCAUUAAGUACAGGGAUGGAGUGCAGUGAGGAAUCCUUGCUAAACAACGAACUGGAGGAAAGUCAUAGUGUUACACCAGACAUGCCAUCUGUAUCUGCGUUCUUCAGUCUAGCUGCUUUGGCGGAGGUAGCAGCAAUGGAAAAUGUGCACAGGAAUCAGAGAACAGCACCUCUCCCCUGUGAUGGACAGCCAAAAGAAAUGUCUCAGGCUCCAGUGCUUAUUUCCUGUGCUGACCAGUGAAGCUCCACCCUUUUGUAAAACAUUGUGCUUUACCUAAUAUCCUAGCCUUGUCUUUACCAAUGGAUGGUAGUCAGUCCAUGUGAUGGAGGAACUCCUAGCCUGAAAAUGAGUGGUUCAUGUUCAGUGUGGCACAGGUUUCACUUAUAGCUUGGGCCAGUUCCCUUUAGCUUGAGCCCAAAAUUUACUAUAAGGGUGAUGUUAUUUCUCUGUUACGGAACAGAAAUGAAAUAUCCUGGAGCUUUGCUUUCAUGGAAGGUUUUUAAAGUGGUAAAUUCACGGUGACAUGGAGGAGGCGAACUUUACUGUAGCUCACACAGCACCUGUUCUGUCAAAAGUAGUUUCAUAUGAAGCCUAGCUACUUUAAACAAAAGUACAGAGA